AUGGUGAAAUUAGUCUCAUCGUCAGUGGUGGUCAAGGUACCCCAUACCGAGCCCGGCAUCAGGCGUCAACUCGAGGUCGAGGCUGAAGUAUACGAACGACUGGGAUCACACCCUAACAUCACCAAGUUCCUUGCCUUCAAAGAAGGCAAAAUCUACUUAGAAAAACUUCGGUGCACUCUACGCCAACGACUUCUUGAUAUCCAAAUCGCGGGAAUGCAUCCCCCAGCCGACCUGGUACUACUCUGGGCCACACAAAUCGCACAAGCUUUCAAGCAUAUCCACUCCCGGGGAAUAUUCCAGGUCGAUAUCGCCACCUGGAGCAUGCUAGUUGACUGGUAUGACAACGUCAAGUUGUCUGACUUUGCUGGCUCCAGUAUUGAUGGAUCAGAGCCCACCAUGUGUGCUAGUCACCACGCCGAGCAUCCCCAGUGCAUGUCCAUCCGUCCUUCAAUCCACUCCGAGCUGUUUGCCAUCGGGUCUGCAUUAUACGAAAUAGAGACCUUUCAAGAGCCCUACCAUGAUAAAGACUUCAGCGAGAUUGAGAGUCUGUUUACGGCAGAGCAAUACCCCGAGACUGGUGGGCUUAUUCUGAGCGAGAUCAUUCGCAAGUGUUGGUUGAGGCAAUAUGAGAGUGCCGAUGAAAUGCUUCGAGACAUCAACCAGAUACAAAUGCAAAUGGAGACUGCCACGCCGACUACAGCGGAGAAAAUCAUUACAGAGGAGGCCAACUCAGCUUCCGAGCUGUAA